AUAGCCUGUACCCCCUCUUCCUGAAUUUGGUACGGUCCGACCCGUCCCCUUCCCGCGCGCCGCGUGACGUCAUUCCGUUUCCGGCGUCUCGCGCAGUUCCGCCAUGGCCUCCGAGGAAGCGAACGGUAGUCCUCGUAGGUCUCGGCGUGAGCCGGAGGGGCGCGCCCCGCGACAGGACAAGUAUUCAGUGCUUUUGCCCACCUACAACGAGCGCGAGAACCUACCGCUCAUCGUAUGGCUGCUGGUGAAAAGCUUCUCCGAGAGUGGAAUCAAUUAUGAAAUUAUAAUCAUAGAUGAUGGAAGCCCAGAUGGAACAAGGGAUGUUGCUGAACAGUUGGAGAAGAUCUAUGGGUCAGACAAAAUUCUUCUAAGACCACGGGAGAAAAAGUUAGGCCUAGGAACUGCAUAUAUUCACGGAAUGAAACAUGCCACAGGAAACUACAUAAUUAUUAUGGAUGCUGAUCUCUCACACCAUCCAAAAUUUAUUCCUGAAUUCAUUAGGAAACAGAAGGAGGGUAAUUUUGACAUUGUCUCUGGAACUCGCUACAAAGGAAAUGGAGGUGUAUAUGGCUGGGAUUUGAAAAGAAAAAUAAUCAGCCGCGGGGCCAAUUUUAUAACUCAGAUUUUGCUCAGACCAGGAGCAUCUGAUUUAACAGGAAGUUUCAGGUUAUACCGAAAAGAAGUUCUACAGAAAUUAAUAGAAAAAUGUGUUUCUAAAGGCUAUGUGUUCCAGAUGGAGAUGAUUGUUCGGGCACGACAGCUGAAUUAUACUAUUGGCGAGGUUCCAAUAUCAUUUGUGGACCGUGUUUAUGGUGAAUCCAAGUUGGGAGGAAAUGAAAUAGUCUCUUUCUUGAAAGGAUUAUUGACUCUCUUUGCUACUACAUAAAAGAAAGUUGUUCAUUAUACUUAUGUUGAUUUCAUUUAAACAUAAAAGAAGCCCGGUUGCUGAUUUUUAUAAAAUGUACUCUUAGAGCAUAAAUCAUAAGAAAAUAUUGCUGCUUUCAUUAGAGUAUAUGAGUGCAGAAUUUCUUAACGUGGGAAAGAUUUUGAAGUAUAUAAAGAACUGGAUUCAUAGCUCUUUGUAAUAGAUGUCAGAAGUAAGAAUAAUGUUAAUUAUAUUCAUGAAAUAUAUAUGCCUGUUUCCAUAUGAAUGAAGAAGUAGACACCUCUGCCCCUUCUUUAAAAAUGUAUCUCAGAUUUCUUAAACUAGAUAAAACAGUAUGUUUAGAUCAUGAAUUUAAAGUUGGGCUGUUUGUAGCUCUUGAAUUGAUGAAGCAUUUCAUCUGUCAAAGCAAGUCUAUUUAAAAAUACAUACUGAAUUGGAAACUUGACAUCCAUUGAUUGCAUAGCUACUUUUUUUUCUAUCCUGAGCAAUAACUGCUAUCAGUAAGAAAAAAUACUGAUGACAUUAAGGCAUCAAUAUUUUGAUGACUUCAGGACUUAGCUGCUAUAGUAAUUUGUAAACAUCUUACUACUAAGCUGUAAGUGUUCUGCCGGUUAAAAUGCACAUUAAAGCCAGCACAAAUAUUGUUUACCUACCUUCUCUAACCUAAGUGUUUCAAAAAAAGAUAAAUUUCUAACUGUAGCAUAGCUUAUGAAACACAUGGUAUCUUUUGAAUUUGGGGGAAGGCGUACUUUGAGCAAAUAAGCUUAAGAUCAAGUUGACUGUCCUUUGCAAGUAAAAGGAAGAGACAUCUCUUAAGUUAUUUAAUAAGCAUAUUUAUUGAACAGUAUUCCUAAUUAUAUUUUCCUGGCUUAAUUUGGCUGCUAAAGAAAUUUAAAAUCUGAUUUUUCCAUUGCAUUUCUGACAGAUCCUACCAGAGAUAAAUACCAGACUAUAAAA